AUGAGUCACCAGCGGCCAAUUACCCGGCGCUUUUGGCAGCGUGCCUUGCAUCAGCGGAAGUGUCUAGCGGCAAGGAUACCAUCUGCGGUUUUGACAUCAACACCAAUGACAUCGUUGGCGGCCAUUAUCAUCGGCGGCCAUGAUAAUCUGCGACGAACGGUGGCGGCCAUUUUGGAAGGGCGCAGAUUGGCGCGCACUAGAAAUGGCUGGUUUGCUGCAGCCGGCCAUCAUGACAUCGGUGGCGGGGAGCGGGCCGCUGAUCUUUUUAGCGGCUCUGUUAGCAGCAUUGAUACCAACGACCCUUUCGAUGGCAGAUGGCGGGGUCCAUUCUACGCCGGGGGGGGGGGAUGGCGCCCUCUGGAAAGAGUUGGACCGGACUGCGGUUUUACUGCUGGACUGUCUGUCAUUACCGCGAGCGGCCGGACGGUUUGCCGCAUUUUCUUUAGUGGCACGGCUACCAUCGGUUUGGACAUGGACUACUCAGGGCUAGCCAGGCAUGGAAGAGCAGCCAAGCCUGCAGCAGGAGUGGUGCAGAACCAUGGUGAAGCAGAAUCAUGCCCAGGAGAAAAGUCUGCGGGGAAGGGAGGCAGGCAGGACCAGAAGCAGCAGAUCCAGUCCUCUGUCCAGGUCUUCCAGAUGCCUCCUCAGCCAACUGGGGAGCCCCUCAAGGAGCUCUUGCAAGCCGGCCAAGCUCUGCAGAAGGAGGCCUGGCCCCUCGAUCCCUUCGGGGCUCCCCUCUGCAGGUCAGCAGGGGCCUUUGCCCAGCCGUCUGCGGAGCUCGAUGGAGCGCCCCCCUUGCACCCGCCUUCCUCUUGCGCCCCUCUGCCCCCUGCGCUCCUUUGCCAGCGCUUUGCAGAAGGGAAGCGCCGCUCGAGAGCCCCGCCCCGCCCCACCCCCAGCUCCAGGCGGCGCAUGCGUAGGUCGGGAGAGCCCCGCGUGCCGGGCAGGCGCCGGCCCGCCCGGUCUCGCUCCCCGUCCGCUUCCUCGUCCUCCUCUGCUGGGAGCGCGGCAGCGGAGUCGGGCGAGCUGGGGCGGGGCGCGGGCUGGGUCUCGGACAGCGAGGUCGAGGCGGAGGCGGCGGUCGGACGGCGCGCCAAACGGCCGGCCCGGCGCCGCGGCUCCCCGGUGCCGAAGCGGGCGAGGCCGCGAGCGGCGGGCGAGGCCGGAUCCGCCGGCGGCCUGGGCCUCUUCGAGGCGCUGAAGGCGGGCAGGAGCGCCCUGGAGCCCGUGGUGGACGAGUGGCUGGAGGGCUACCAGGGGGACCGGACCGGGGGCUUCGUGGAGCUGCUGAACUUAGUGGUGCGCGCCUGCGGCUGCAGAGGCACCGUGACUCUGGAGAUGCUGGGCCACCUGCAGAACUCGGAGAUCAUCAAAGACCUGACUGAAGCCUUCGAGGAGGAUUCAGCCGAGUACCCAUUGUUGCUGAACACUCCUAUGUGGCGACGUUUCCGUGCAGGAUUCUGUGAGUUUAUAGCGGUGCUUGUGCGCCGCAUCCAGCAUAAUGUUGUUUAUGAUGAAUACUUGAUGGACGGUCUCAUUGCCUUCCUGACUGGCCUGUCUGAUUCUCAAGUGCGUGCCUUCCGUCAUACCAGCACUCUGGCAGCUAUGAAGCUGAUGACGGCCUUGGUGCACGUGGCAUUGAGUAUAAGCUUGCAGAAAGACAAUGCUCAGCGACAAUAUGAGAUUGAGCGGGCCAAGGGACUGGGCUGCUGGGCCCUGGGGAAGCUGGAAGGACUGUUGGCGAAACAUAAGGAGUUCCAGGAGAAGCAAGAAGAGCUGGAGACCUUGAUGAAUGCUCUCUUCAAGGGAGUCUUUGUUCACCGCUAUCGGGACCUCAUACCUGAAAUCCGUGCUAUUUGCAUUGGAGAGAUGGGUCAGUGGAUACAGCAUUACACCGCUUCCUUUCUAACUGAUGGUUACCUCAAGUACAUUGGCUGGACUCUGCAUGACAAGCAGGGAGAGGUCCGACUUGGGUGCCUACUUGCACUGCAAGGCUUGUAUUGCAGCCCAGAGAUUGCCUCCCAGAUGGAACUUUUCACCAGUCGCUUUAAGGAACGAAUUGUGUCCAUGGUUCUGGAUAAAGAGCCCCAAGUGGCAACGGAAGCUGUGAGGCUGCUUACUCUUAUCCUUCAGAAUAUGGACGGUGCACUAACUAACACUGACUGUGAAAGAGUCUUCCCACUGGUUUAUGCUUCCAGUCGUCCUUUAGCAGCUGCUGCAGGUGGAUUUUUAUACAGAAAGUUCUUGGCACCCAAGGUGGACGCCAGGGCAAAAUCAGGGGACCGCCAUGACGGCACUCGUGUCUUCCUUCAAUUGCUUUUGGUGUUCUUUAUUGAAAGCGAGUUCCAUGACCAUGCCACCUACUUGGUUGAUAGCCUGUGGGACUGUGCAUCUGCCCUGCUGAAGGACUGGCCGGUGCUGACAGGCCUUCUGCUGGAGGAAUCCUCCAUAGAAGGCUUGGGCGAUCUAAAGGAGAGCAGCCUCAUCUUGAUCUUGGUGGCCAGUAUGCGGCAAGCCACAGAAGGGCACCCACCAAUUGGCAGGUUCUCUGGAAAGAAGGUGUUUUCUGCUCGGGAACGCAAAGUGCAGUCGGAAGAGCGUUUAAGACUCACACAGCAUUUUGUCCCUCUACUGCCCCAGCUGUUGGCUAAGUUCUCUGCUGAUGCCGAGAAAGUAGGACCUCUGCUGGAGGCUUUGCAUUAUUUUGACCUAACUCAUUACAGCUCUGGCCGCCUGGAGAAGUACUUAGACUUGCUGCUGAGCCAGCUAAAGGAAGUGGUGGAAAAGCACACCAGCAGUGAAGUGCUGGAGCUGGCUUCCCAGACUCUCCAGCUGCUCUGCCGCACAGAAUUUGCAUUCUACAGCCGUGUGGAUUUUGCUCGUAGCUGCAUUAUGGACUAUCUGGCGGAUAAAUUCCAACACGAGGCUACUGAACUCUUCCAGUCUUCAUUUUCUGAGAAGGAGGUGAUGUACAGCAUGGCUACCACUUUGAGACGCAUUGCCUUCUUCCACAGUGCCCACGACCUGACUCCCUGGAGGUUCUUUGAGCCCUGCGUCCGUCUCCUGCGCCACCUGCUGAACACAGGCGAGGCCUGCGAGCAGGUGGUGAUUCCUGCCAUGACUUGUGCCUACUUCUCGCUGCUCUGGGAACUGUCCCAAUGCUCAGUUGAGGCCCUCCCUGACCAGCAGCAACUGCUCAGCCUCAAGGACAAAGUGGCUGCCUUUUGCUCCCUCUGCCAGAGCUGCCUCGCGGACAUGGAGCCCUGUGUCCAGGAGCAGGCCUUUGUGCUGUUGAGUGAUUUGCUCCUGAUCUUCGGUCCACAGCUGACUGACGGAGGGCACCCUGUCCUGCAGGAAUUGGUGUAUCACCCGGAGUCUGCUCUACAGUCGCAGCUGGCUGGCUUUCUAAUGGACCAUGUCUUCAACCACAGCCAAGCCCAGGAUGAUGAUAGUGAAAAUGGAGAGCUUCAGGUUGAACAGCUGCACCAGCGACGUAAUUUGCUGUCUGGAUUCUGCAAACUGGUUAUCUAUGGAGUGCUGGAACUGAGCGCUGCUUCAGAUGUCUUCAAAUAUUACUCCAAGUUCUACAAUGACUAUGGGGACAUCAUCAAAGAAACUCUGAAUCAGACCCGCCAAGUUGACCGAAUUGAGUGGGCUCACACACUGCUACUCAGCCUGCAGCAGUUGCUGACCCAGCUCUUCUUGGAAGAGGGACCUGGGGCCACAGACUCGGCCGCCUUCCUGGAGAUCCGGGACUUGGCACGGCGGUUCUCUCUGCUGUUUGGGCUGCACCAGCUGCAGAACCGCCCAGCCCUGGUGGCUUUGCACAAGGAUGGCAUAAAGUUUGCCUUUGAGGAGCCAGCAUCCCCCAACCCCCGUCUGGGUCUCAUCAACUUGCCCUUCUUGGAGCUGCUGAGUGAAUUCUCCCCAAGACUGUUGCCUCCGGAUAAGGCUCUGCUCCUUGCCUACUUGAAGAAGAUGGGACAAACUCAUUUCUCAGGAAGCAGAGAUGAACCCCGCUGGCCCUCACUCCUGCUCUAUCGGCACUCCCUGAGCCCUCAACAGGAGGCUGAGGCCCUCCAACCUCGCAAGGCCUCCAAGAGGAGACAUUUGAGUGGAUCCUCUGAGCACAGUGGCAGCACCAGCCUCGCCUCUGGUAGCCGCCUGCAGACCCCCCUGCUGACUUCCACCGCCCUGAGGGCCAAGCGCCAGCUGAUGGGGCCUCCCCUGGGAGAGGAGAGCUCAGGCAACGAAACCGAGUUUGCCCAGAGGCUGCACCUGAUCGAAGAACCAGAGAACAGCCAGGAGGGAGAGGUAACCGGUUUGGUUUUUCCGUGGGAAAAGGUUGCAAUAGGCUUAGGACUCCUUUGGCUGAGUGAAACAGCAGCUUGAAG